GGAAUUGUUACUGGGUUGCACGGAGCGGAAGUGAAGCUGUCGCCAUUGUUGUGUCGUGGCUCUGACGGCGCUGAGGUGUUUGUGAGCGGCAUUAGACGAGUUCAGGCAGCCGAUCAUCGGACACAGAGCCCCGGCUUCCUCCAUUGACACUCUCCGGAUUUCGUAAGACCCGGAUAUGACCUCCUUUUUCGAAUGGAUUUAUAGUGGUUUCACUAAUAGUUUUUGUAGUGCGCUUCAGUUUCUAGGGCUCUACAAGAAAUCAGGGAAAUUAGUAUUUCUAGGACUGGACAAUGCUGGGAAGACUACACUGUUGCACAUGCUCAAAGAUGAUAGAUUGGCACAGCACGUGCCAACGCUACAUCCAACCUCGGAAGAGCUGACAAUUGCUGGGAUGACCUUUACUACUUUUGAUCUGGGUGGCCAUGCACAAGCCCGCAGAGUCUGGAAAAACUACCUCCCUGCUAUCAAUGCCAUUGUCUUCCUGGUUGACUGUGCAGACUUCGAACGUCUGGCAGAAUCUAAAGCAGAGCUUGAUGCACUAAUGACAGAUGAAACUGUUGGAAAUGUGCCUAUUCUCAUCCUUGGUAACAAGAUUGACCGACCUGAGGCAAUCAGUGAAGAAAAGUUCAGAGAGUUAUUCGGACUGUACGGACAGACAACGGGAAAGGGAAAUAUCUCCAUGAAGGAGCUUAAUGCACGACCACUAGAAGUCUUCAUGUGCAGUGUCCUAAAGAGGCAAGGUUAUGGAGAAGGUUUCCGUUGGCUAGCCCAGUACAUAGACUGAAGCUGAUUUUUGAGAAGAGUCAAAGACCGAAGACUCAUCUACCACCAUACAACAACUUGAACCUAAUAGACAUUUUCUGGGUAUAUGUUUGGUUAUAAAAGUUUGAUGUUUUUCUAGAAGGAUAACAAUUACAUUGGCUGUGCUUAAAAAAAAAUCAUCUGUAUGUACGAAGCCUCCAAGAAAUGUUCUUAAACAAUUUGUAUGUUUGAAGUUACAAUAUGGUAACGCUCUAAUUUCAGUAGAUAAUAUACUUGUUUCCUUAUUUGAUUUAUUACAUUAACCAAACCAUCUUUCUGUACAGUUUUGGAAAGAGUGUGUACUUACACAAAAAUAGUCUCUUGAAUGCACUUUUUAACAGGAAAGCAACCUACACGUGAGCGGUAUUUAAUGAUCAUGUAAAAUUUUUUAUGUACUAUUUUUGAAAUUGUUCGGUUCAAUAAAUUUAGAACGUGUAACCAUCUAUCCUUUUAGUGUCUGAAGAAGAUAAAUAUUUUUAGAAAAACCUCAAUUAAGUGAUACCUACUGCAUGAUGCCUUAACAUUUUGGAGUGUCCCUGAGCACCAUGUAUUAAAUUAAACUGUAACCAAUAUAUUCCUUGCUUGAGAAAUAGAUGAACCAAAUGCUCAUUCCAGAUCUAUUUCUGUUAUUCUAAUGAGAACUGUGCAGAAUGUAAGCACAGCUAAUUUUUAUUUAAAGCUUUAAAUUAUAUCUUCCUCAUAGAAUAAUAUGAAAAGCACCAAUAAAUUAUACAUGCAUGAAAUAAUCCCACUAGCAUUUUCCUUGAGAAAUGUUAGGAUUUAUUAAAACAACUAAUUUAUACUUUGUUAAUCUUUUGGCUGUGUAGCAACUUGAUUUAGUUUUGGAAGAAUUCUUUGAGAGCCAACUGCUCUUAAUUAUUAAUUUCUUGUAUGCCAAGACAGACAAAACUAGAAAUGGAAGCUAGAAAAGAAUUAACUCCAUUGUGCUAAAUAAUGGUUUGGAGAUUAAUUUAUAAAGGUGACACAUUAUCUCAUUGUUCCACCGUUAAAGUCAUUCAGCAUGACACCAAACCUCAGUGCCAGAACAGAAGUGCUUAAGAGUAAUGUGAGCAAAAAAAAAACAGAAUAAACUUAAUCUAUCCCUAGUGUUAUUAAACCUUGUUUCGAUGCACUUUCUAAUGCUCUUUGUGGCUAAAUAACCACAUAACCCUGGCUGUGUAGCAGUUGAAUUGCCAAUAGGUACAAGCAUUGAAUCACUUUCUGGAGCAGGGGAGUGGGUGGAUCUGAGAACUGCUAAAAGCACUCUGGAUCACAUUGUUUGUGAGUAGAAUAAUAAACUCCAUUCUCAAAUAUACAGCUUGCAAUUUUUGUUUAAGGAGGUUUCAGUCAAAAGUUGACAUCUUGAAACACUUUUGCAGGUAUUGUUAAUUAGCAAUGGGGAAAGAAACUACAGUUUCUUGUAAUAAAAUUUGCGAUUUAAAAAUAACAGUUGAUACAGAAUACAUUAUGAUGAGAUUGUAUUUGUAUCCUACAGUAGAUAUUUACAAACUGCAAGACUUGACAGUAUCUCUUACAAAAUUGUUCUGAUACAGACUUUCAUUCUGUUCUUGUUGGGCUUCACACAUGCAUCUUUCAUUGGUGAUUAUCACAUAGUAAUCAGAAAUUGAGACUUUAACUGCUUUUAAUACACCUCUUAAUUGAGAAAAAUGGAAGUCAUUUUUGUAGCUGUGCUAUUGCUAUUCAGGUUGCACCAUAGUGCAUCUGGACUUCCUUGGUCUUUACGGCUCAAUUACAUGUUGAGUAAGCAUGCACUGUCUCCAGUAAUGUCCUGCUUCACACGGGAUAGUUAAAAAACCUCCACCACUGAAGGAGGAGUAGUAGAGGGGUGGGAGAGAAGGGAUAUCUUCCUCCAUCAAUCUCUCCGAUCUGUAUAUUUUACAUAAUAUUUUGUUUUAUGGAAAAAUUGCUCCAUAAACAAUUUUUCCUCAAAAAAAAUCCGUCAGCACUUGAUGUAGGAUGCAGAUAAUAGAAUACAAACAAUUCAAUGUCCAAAUGUAAACCAGAUAAAUUGGUGUGCAGAUAAACAGAAGAUGAAAUUCAAUUUAGUUUGAUGUGGGGGGGAAUUGAAACUAGUUAGGAAGAUAAAUUGAUUUUGGUAGAAGAGUGAAAUCUAGGAAUAAAGAAAAUAAAAUAUAGAAUACAGGAAUAAAUCAAAGUAACGAUGCUGGUUGAUGAGGUGUUACAUUAUGAAUAAAGUAAUUUUUAGAGGAAGAGAAUACAAAAAUAGUGGUUUGACCACAUUUGAUAAGCUAUCAUACAGUAGUAAAGAAAGAAUAUUAAAGUAUGGGAGGAAAUGUAAAUGGAAGAACGAUUGUAUUCUUGGCUUCAAAAUGGAUGAUCAACCUUAAAAACUGUAAUAAAAACAAUCAUUGCAGCUGUGUUCAUCCUCUACGGGGUGUGCAAGGUGUCUGGGUCUCUGCCUUAAAGUUGAGGGUCUGUAGAGGAGAGUGUUUUUGGUAUGUGGCUUGGAGCUGCUCUUACUCCAAGUCUCCUUUUUAAAAAAAAAAGAAGAAAGAGACUUUCCUCUAGCCCUUUUUCCUGAUAUGGCAUGCCAGAGAGGGGAAGCAGCUGUAAUUUGCAGUAAGGUCACAAUAAUAUCACGGGGGCUUGGUCAGUAUGCUCAAAGCAGACCUUUGGUAUCUUUUUUUUAAAAGAAAGAGCAAAUUAAUAUUGGGCCAUAUAUAAAGCUAACAGAAGUCACACUGUGAACUGCCUGAAGGAAUGGGGUAUUUAAAGGUGUCUUUGAAUGUUAGUAGCACUUACAAAAACAGUGUGCUUGACAUUUGAGUUUUAG